GGCGGAAACGGCUUUUUCUGGCUCCAGCUUCCGGUCCGGCGGCGGCGCCUCAGACUGUGAUAACAGGCGGCAGGUGUCGGCGGUGGGGCUGCAUAGACGUGACCUCGGAGUCAACGGAGGGAGCGAGAGUUAAACCAGAGGACUCACCACCACCUCCAUGGCUGCCUCACAAGCUUCACAGACUGUUGCAUCUCAUGUUCCUUUUUCAGAUUUAUGUUCUACGUUAGAACGAAUACAGAGAAGUAAAGGACGUGCAGAAAAGAUCAGACAAUUCAAGGAAUUUUUAGACUCUUGGAGAAAAUUUCAUGAUGCCCUUCAUAAGAACCAAAAAGAUGUCACAGACUCUUUUUAUCCAGCAAUGAGACUUAUUCUUCCUCAGCUAGAAAGAGAGAGAAUGGCCUAUGGAAUCAAAGAAACUAUGCUUGCAAAGCUUUAUAUUGAAUUGCUUAACUUACCUAGAGAUGGAAAAGACGCCCUUAAACUUUUAAAUUACAGAACACCGACUGGAAUUCAUGGAGAUGCUGGUGAUUUUGCAAUGAUGGCAUACUUUGUGUUGAAACCAAGGUGUUUACAGAAAGGAAGUUUAACUAUACAGCAAGUAAACGACCUUUUAGAUUCAGUUGCCAGCAAUAAUACUGCCAAAAGAAAAGACCUAAUAAAGAAGAGUCUUCUUCAACUUAUAACUCAGAGUUCAGCACUUGAACAAAAGUGGCUUAUACGGAUGAUUGUGAAGGACUUAAAGCUUGGUGUUAGUCAGCAAACUAUAUUUUCUGUUUUUCAUAAUGAUGCUGCUGAGUUGCAUAAUGUCACCACAGAUCUGGAGAAAGUCUGUAGGCAACUGCAUGAUCCUUCUGUAGGACUUAGUGAUAUUUCUAUCACUUUGUUUUCUGCCUUUAAGCCAAUGCUAGCUGCCAUAGCAGAUAUUGAGCGCAUUGAAAAGGACAUGAAACAACAGAGUUUCUACAUUGAAACUAAGCUAGAUGGUGAGCGUAUGCAAAUGCACAAAGAUGGAGAUGUAUAUCAGUACUUCUCUCGAAAUGGAUAUAACUAUACUGAUCAGUUCGGUGCUGCUCCACAUGAAGGUUCUCUUACCCCAUUCAUUCAUAAUGCAUUCAAAACAGAUACACAAGUCUGUAUCCUGGAUGGCGAGAUGAUGGCCUACAACCCUAAUACACAGACUUUUAUGCAGAAGGGGAAUAAGUUUGAUAUUAAAAGAAUGGUAGAAGAUUCUGAUCUGCAGACUUGUUAUUGUGUUUUUGAUGUAUUGAUGGUUAAUAAUAAAAAGCUAGGACAUGAGACUCUGAGAAAGAGGUAUGAGAUUCUUAGUAGUACUCUUACAACAAUUCCUGGUAGAAUAGAAAUAGUGCAGAAAACACAAGCUCAUACUAAGAAUGAAGUGAUUGAUGCCUUAAAUGAAGCAAUAGAUAAAAGAGAAGAGGGAAUCAUGAUAAAACAUCCUCUGUCCAUUUAUAAGCCAGACAAAAGAGGUGAAGGAUGGUUGAAAAUUAAACCAGAGUAUGUCAAUGGACUGAUGGAUGAAUUAGACAUCUUAAUUGUUGGAGGCUAUUGGGGUAAAGGUUUACGGGGUGGACUGAUGUCUCAUUUUUUGUGUGCAGUAGCAGAGAAGCCCCCUUCUGGUGAAAAGCCAUCUGUGUUCCAUACUCUCUGUCGAGUUGGCUCAGGUUAUACCAUGAAAGAACUGUAUGAUCUGGGUUUGAAAUUGGCCAACCAUUGGAAGCCGUUUCAUAAAAAAGCUCCACCAAGUAACAUUUUAUGUGGAACAGAGAAGCCAGAAGUUUACAUUGAACCUUGUAAUUCUGUCAUUGUUCAGAUUAAGGCAACAGAGAUUGUCCCCAGUGACAUGUAUAAAACUGCUUGCACGUUGCGUUUUCCACGAAUUGAAAAGAUAAGGGAUGACAAAGAGUGGCAUGAAUGCAUGACUCUGGAUGACUUGGAACAACUUAGGGGAAAAGCAUCUGGAAAGCUUGCAUCUAAACACCUUUAUGUAGGUGGUGAUGAAGAGCCACAGAAGAAAAAGCGGAAAGCUGCCCCAAAGAAAGUGAUUGGAAUUAUUGAACACUUAAAAGCACCUAAUCUUUCUAACAUAAAUAAAGUUUCUAAUAUAUUUGAAGAUGUAGAGUUUUGCGUUAUGAGUGGAACAGACGGCCAUCCAAAACCUGACCUGGAGAACAGAAUUGCAGAAUUUGGUGGUUACAUAGUACAAAAUCCAGGUCCAGAUACGUACUGUAUAAUUGCAGGGUCUGAGAACAUCAGAGUGAAAAACAUAAUUACUUCCAAUAAGCAUGAUGUUGUCAAGCCUGCAUGGCUUUUAGAGUGUUUUAAGACCAAAAGCUUUGUGCCAUGGCAGCCACACUUCAUGAUUCAUAUGUGUCCAUCAACAAAAGAACAUUUUGCUCGUGAAUAUGAUUGCUAUGGUGAUAGUUAUUUUGUUGAUACAGAUUUGGACCAACUCAAGGAGGUAUUCUCAGGAAUUAAAAAUUCUAAUGAACAGACUCCUGAAGAAAUGGCCUCUGUGAUUGCUGAUUUAGAAUAUCGUUAUUCCUGGGACCACCAUCCUCUUAGUAUGUUUCGAAACCACACCAUUUAUUUGGACUUGUAUACUGUUGUUAGUGACUUGAGUACCAAAAUUGAGGGAACAAGACUAGCUAUUAAAGCCUUGGAGCUUCGAUUUUAUGGAGCAAAAGUAGUUUCUUAUUUAGCUGAGGGAGUGUCUCAUGUAAUCAUUGGGGAGGAUCACAGUCGUGUUGCAGAUUUUAAAGCUUUCAGGAGAACUCUUAAGAAAAAGUUUAAAAUCCUACAAGAACGUUGGGUAACUGAUUCGAUAGACAAGUGUGAAUUACAGGAAGAAAAUCAGUAUUUGAUUUAAAGCUAGCUUUCCUAAUGAGGAAAGGCUCUGAUUUGGAGACUUGCAACAGGUGGUGGUAAUGAGGAAAUAUUAAACUGUUUAAUUUUUGUCUCUUAAAAAGUAUUAUUAGAUAUAGGAAAACAAUAUCUUUAACUUUUGAGAUUGGGAAGACAGCAAAUGGCCAAAAGCCAAGAAAGAAGUUCUUAGUAGUAUAAUAUGAUUUUUAUAACCAAUAGGAAAUAAUUAAACAGUUUAAAGAAAUGUUUAAUAUCCCUAUAGAAAUCUAGAAUUUUGACUCAUUAAUAAAAUACAUUUAGAAGCUUUUACAGGCUUUAAAAGUAUUGACCUUCUAAACAGAAUUUUCUGAAAUCAAAUCAAAAUUGUGAUAGUUUUUAUUUUAUAAAAGCAUUGCAAGAAAAAAGGACAGAAUUGUUACAAUUGGACUUGUAAAAAUGUCUUUUUACUUGAAGGCUGAAAUGCCUCUUUUAAAUAUGAAAUGUUGUAAACUAUUUUUUAACGUUAAGGUUAAAUGAGUUGCUAUAUUCUUGUCAUUUUAGCUAGAUUUGGGGAGGUCAAUGAGAUUUAAUGGUCUAAAUAUUUGAAUUGGUUUAGUUUAAAACAAAAAUGUUGCAAUUUUUAAAGCAGUUAGCCCACAUUCUUUUUUUAAAAAUAGAACAUGUUUUGCUUAAAGUAUUUCUAUGUGAAUUUGUACUCUAGUAUUAAUAGUAUUUAUAAACUGAUAUUCCUAAUAUAAUCUAUUGUGUAGGUGUCAAAAUAGCAUGCAUAACUUUCAUUAGAAGUAAAUUGCUUUAUCUUUUUAUAAAGACUUUUGAAUUAGGUUAUUUAAAGUCAAUGUAUGUAGCAUAUAUUAUUAUGUACCAUAUUUUGGAGUACAGUCUAUAUUUUAAAAAAUAUGUUUUAUGAUCAUGUUGAAAUGCAUGGAAUUCACUACUUUGUAUAGAUUAUUUGAAAGUUAUUAGUAAUUUUAUCCAGACACUGAAACUAAUGUGUGUGAUUUUUGUUGUACUUCUUAAUUUAAAUAAAAUAAUAUACUAUUAAAAUAA